CAAAAUGCAAAAAUAGGUCACCACUGUCCACUUUUCAGCAAUCAGCAGUGCACCGCCGCACUUCCCUUCCCACUUCCGGCCGACCGCAGCGAACCAGCGGCAGCGACCAGCAGCAGCGAACCAGCGGCAGCGACCAGCAGCAGCCAAUCAGCGGCAGCGACCAGUCCAGUCCAGUGUUUUGUAGAGAUCAAAUGGACGACUCGAUGAAGCAAUUACAAGAAAAGCUUAUUGAGGUUGAAAUUGAAGGUGAAAGUCUUUUAUUAGCUCGGCAACAGUUAGUUGAAAAUGAUAGAUUAAGGAAUGGGAACAGGGAAGCAUUAACUGCACUAAGGAGGAGGGCUAAGACGACAAAAACAAGUGUUCCUACACCUUUUGAGUCAAUAAUGAGGGAUGUUGAAUCAAGACCAUUGGUGAAAGAGGUUUGUCCAACCUGUGGUAAUCAUGAUUCAAAGGAGAAGACUUGGGUCAUGUUCCCAGGAACUGAUGUAUUUGCCAAUAUUCCUUUUCAUGCUGCUCAUACCAUUCUGGAGAAAGAUCAAACUCUACUCAAUUAUGAAGCUAAUAAACUUCAGAGCGUUGUAAAGGAGAAGUCUUUAUGGAUAUCAGAUCAAGGAGUUCUUGCUGAUACGAUUAGUCCAGGUGUCCUCAGAUCAAUGGUGACCUUAAGUGACAAACCAAAGAUUGCGCAGAAUGAAUGAUCAACUUCACUAAUAAUUGCAUAUGCCUGUGCUAACAGGAACGGAACUGCUGGAUUGUUUCUUCACUUCGCCAGAUUCCUUUUCGAAAAAACUGAAGUUAUUGCAGAUUUGGGUGAUUCAUGAUCAAAUUACCAGAAAGGAUACAAAUUAUAUUCUCUUAGUUCUGUUAAUAACAUUAGAAUCAAUCUUCACAGUAACUUUAAUGUGUGUGCCACAGUUGAGAGUAAAAAUGGACUAGUGUGUACUGACUGAUAGAAUGAAGGGACCUCCUAUAUUACAUACGUGGGGGGGAAAAAAAUACGAAUUUCUGAACUGCUUCAGAAAGGGGAGAAUUAUAUUUCUUUUUUAAACAGCAUUGGUAUGACUUGGUCUCAGAGAAAAUGGUCAACUGUGUCAUAAUGUUGGAGGGGA